UAUAGUUUAUCAGGAGAGAAUAUGUUAUUUUCAUUUUUGUACAUUUUCUUUAGUUUUUUAACAUUAGUGUUCUUUUCAGGUUUUGGUUAAUGUUCUUUUCGUUUACUCUAUUAUGUUCUUUCUGUUUAGUUUCUUAUGUUCUUUUGCGUUUUUUUUUUGUUUUUUGCGUUUUCUUUUAAUGUUUUUGCAUUUUGAUGCAGGUGCACGUAGAUCUACGUGCAAGCCCCUGCACCAUCCGCGCGUUGCAAACAGGCAUAUAGCAUGGUAGCCGUUAAGGCGUUAGGCCCUGAAAUAGUCACUAUUUAUCCACAUUAUGUUGCUAGAAAUUGAAUUUCCCGGGUUCUCACAACUGCUGUCUCCCUCUAUCUAUCUCCUAAAUUCUCUUCCUCAUAGAUUCCAUGAGAAUGUCGAUUCAGCUUUUUCUCGCACGAUUUUUGCGAUCAGGCAAGUACUUAUUUGCUGGUUGAUAGAUGACAAGCUUGUUUCCCUACAAGAGAGAAAUCAUUUCAUUGGAAGAUUUAAUCAGCUAUAAUUGUGGAACAAAGAGGUGAGCUAAUGACGAAGCAAGAUUACAUUCUAUGUUUCUCCAAAUAUAGAUAGAUGCAGAGUCGCAGACUACCCUGGUUGCAGUCUGGCAGCAAAAUGAUGGGCAAGAUCGCAAGAGUCAGCGUGAGGAAAGAAUUCAUAACCGUCAAAUUUGGUCAGAAUCAUGGGUUCAUUUUCUUAACCAGGGUGAUAAAACGAAGGAAGCAAACUAGUCUAUUAUCUGUAGACUCUAUACUCCAUAAGCUCGACCACAUUCAGGCACGACACACGGGUGGCGAACCUGAUCCAAACCCAGCUAUUUCCACCGAUAUAUUUAUCCAUACUUUUACAUGUGCAAUUGAUCCAAUAUUGUUGGGUAGCUUCUCAAAUAUAAUCCCAAUCUCAAGGAAGACAAUCCAAUGGAAGGAAGGCAAUUAUUUGAUUACCUAUUGUGCUCAAUUACAUUCGAAUCUCAAGGUUGAUAAAGACAAAGUGGAUUGUGCUCACAAUAUUGCUAAUAGGUGCAAGAAAGAUUUAAGUAGCUUUAGAAAUGUGUUGUAAUAUUCUUAUUAUUAUGUCAAAAAAGAUAGUAGAAAGUAUUGAUCAAUAUUGAUCAAACUUUCUUAAGUCAUACUAUCAUGGCAAUAAAUAACAAAAAACAAUAUCAUUAUCAUUUAUUGUUCUUGUGGAGCAUAAAAGAAAAUUCAUUAUAAAGACACUACUUACGUUUAUCUUAUAUUUGGAGAUAAUCCAUAUUUGUAUAAGACUUUUUUAUGAAAUUUAUGAAUAAAUUAAUAUGUAUAUUUCAUAACUCCAACAUACUCAAACUUCAGGUUGAGAGUCAUUUCAAAAAUACCCUUUAAGAAAUAGUAUAUAAAUAUCAUCAACUUUGCGAUAUUUCUAUACAAAUGUUUAAGAACACAUGUAUUCGGAGACUCUUCUUAUUUGCAUAAUUCGUGACAUGUUAUUAAAUUAAUAUUAUAUAUUUCUUUCCCAAUUAUUAACCUAAUGGAGUGAGAAUAUCCUCUUAAAAAUUUUCAUUAAAGUUGCGAAUUCGCUUACUAUAAUUUAGAUAAUCAUAUACAUCAUGAUAAUAGUUUAGAAACUUGUGCAUGCAAUGUAACACCCCACAAGUUUCUCUUUUUUUUAAAACCAACAUAAUUAAGAGAAACUUAAUGGUAUUAUUGACUACACUAACUCAAAUAAUGCAGCGGAAUAAGCAACACACUUCUCUUUAUUAUAUAAUAUUACUUAAAAUAGCAAUAUUGUAUUCUUCACUUAAAACGAAAUCAAAUCCGUAUAUAAACUUAAAUAAAAUCUCUAGUUCACCAUUAAUCUCGUAUGUAAGCAUGCCACAUCAUCACAUCACGUUUUUGAAAAAUGCUCACCAAAAGGUAAAUAGGGUCAAGCCAAAACAAAUAUGAAAUACGGGUUAGCAAAAGCCAAGUACGAGUAUAUGCAAGACAUGUAAAACAUUUAUAUAUAAUUGAACAUACUUUCAUAACCAAUUCAAGUCAAACUUGCAUAAUUAAAAUCAUAGAAGAUUCAUUUCCGAUUUAGACAUUUUCUGUAAAUAGUAACUUUUAAAAUAUUAUAACUUUUCAAAAGUAUAAACAUUUCAAGAAUCGAGACUUUUCAAAAUAGAAACUUUCCAAAAGUAGAAGCAUUACAAGAAUAGAAACAUUUUAAAUAUGUAAACACAUAAUAUUCUAAAAGUAGAAAAUUUUCAAAAAUAGAUCCCAAUUAGAAGGUGGAAAUUAGAAACAUCUUUUUAUUUCCCCAUCCUUCCUAAAUAUUUACACCCUCAAGCUAGUAUUUCAUCACAAAUCUAUGCAUUAGGGGUACUAACCAAUUAAAUAAUGUCAACACGUGACAAUCGACUUACACAACAAGUGAUCGAUGCACAUGAACGUAAAUGCAUGUUCCAUGAAAUUCAUUUCACUUUGAGACUUUACAAAAGUAUGAUAAUAUCAUAAAAGAGUUUUCAAUUCCAUACCAUGUGAUAAACCAAUAACUUUCUUUUAUUUAAUUAGACAAUUUUCUUUGAUCAAAUAACAUAGGUAAAUAAAUGGUUAAUUAUUAAAUCAUCACAAAGCCAACAUCUAUAUUCUCAAAAAAGCAAUACAGAUUGGGAACCAUCAUCACUUAGCUUACACAACAGGGGGGAGAAGGGAAGAGAUUGUCACUCUAUAUAUCUUCUUCUUCUCCUCUUUUGAAUAUCCAUUUAUCUAGGUGGAGUCUCGGGAUUGAAAUAGUCACAAUGGGCUUCUAUAUCAUCCAUGACAUCAUCUAUCAUAGUAAGUGGAGCUUUGUGCCUCUCCACAUCAACGUUAGGAACCAUAACAAGAGUGACAUGAAUUCCAAGAUUGCAACAAAUUGUUCAAUAUCAUAGACCAGAUCUUCAAAAGGGUCCUUAAAAUAGGAGGAUUGAGAGUCACAUUGUCCCUAGUAGGCUAGUAGAGACUUUGAAUUCAACUAGAGAUGGUAAGGGAUUAGUAAGAGGUACAAGUUCACCAUAAACCACAACAACCUUGGAAGGAGAGGAUACAUGUUUAAUAUUGACAAGAGGAACAUAUGAGUGAAACCAAUCAGAAAAAAUGGUCCUUUUAGGUUUGACUCUUUAUCUGAGGGAGGAUAAUACACCAAUCAGAAGAAACGGUCUUUUUAGGUUCAAUAGGGGCAGAAAGAGAAGUAGAAUCAAUUUUGGCAACCACCAAUUCAAGACAUGGAGGGGGGUUUUCUUUGGGCAUGUGUUCAUUGUGUGUUUGGGAUCACCAAACAAUGGGCACACUUCCCCACACCCUCAUAAGAGAAAAAUAACUCUUGAGAGUGAGUACCGAAGUUCAAAGUGAUAGAACAGGGCACGAGCUUAGUGAUAUUGAGGUUAUGACAAACACGAAAAACGUGAUCUUUCUCAACAUUCUCAAGGCUUGAUAGGGUAGCCCACAUAAGGUACAAUCUGAGUGAAGUAUCUCCAAGAACAAUACUGUAGACCCACUGUUUGACAUGAGUAACACGACAUAUUUGGGCAUGGAAACUAGUGUGUGAGGGAGUAGCACAAAGUUAAUAUCUUGCACAAACCAAGAUUGUCAAAUAUUGUGCAAUCUCGUAUCAUUCUCAUUAAUAACACACGUAUAUAUAGUACAACUCAGUUACCUAAACCCUAGGUACACAUUAGGUAACUCACCAUAGUUAGGACUCUACAGAAUAUUCACAGAAUAUUCACAGAAUAUCUUAACAUCCCCCCUCAAGGUGGAGCAUGUAGAUCUCGAAUGCCCAUCUUGUGCAAAAAAAACUCAAAUUGCGCCUUCCCCAACGCUUUGGUGAAGAUAUCUGCUAACUGAACCUUCGUCGACACGUACGACGGACUGAUGAUCCCUUCCUUGAUUGCAUCUCGAAUGAAAUGACAAUCUGACUCGAUGUGUUUUGUCCUUUCAUGGAACACCGGAUUCUGUGCAAUAUGCAACGCAGACUGACUGUCGCAAUACAUCCUCAUGCCUUGGUCGUGUGUCACCCCCAAGUCGCGUAGUAGUUGUUUCAACCACUUCAACUCACACGUCAGAGCUGCCAUCGACCGAUAUUCUGCCUCAGCAGACGACCGAGAAACAGUAUGCUGUUUCUUGGUCUUCCAAGAAACUGGCGACAUACCAAGUGACACAAACCAUCCAGUCACCGACCGACGCGUCAUUGGACACCCUGCCCAAUCCGAGUCGCACCACCCCUCCAACUGCAACGCACUGUCCGACCGAAGUAGUAUACCUUGACCCGGACACUUCUUCAAAUAUCUCACUACUCGCAAAGCUGC